AUGUCUUCGAAGGUUGACAAGAAAGAAGGACAGGGUGGAUGCUGUGAUGGGAUAGAGCGAGCAAUGCGGCCGAACAAUACGCCAGAUGGAGCUAAAGAUAUGGAGAAUCCUGGGGACGAUGGAUAUAGCGGAGCGGAGUCUGGCAAUGGUAAUGAGAAAGGUCAAGACGAAGCGCAUGGCCAUGGUAAUGGUAAUGGCAAUGGUAAUAAGAGUCAUAGCAAUGAAGCUCGAGUGAAAAAAUCUAACCCCAAGAGAAGAAGGAAACUGAUACGAUCGUGUACGUUUUGUCGGAAACGUAAGUUGAAGUGUGAUAGGGCACGUCCUAUGUGCACUGGCUGCAGGAUGAGAGGGUUAUCUGAAUGUGUAUAUACGGAUGGGUUGAAUCAGCAGACUUCUCCGGAUGGGAGGUUUAGCGGAGCGCCAAAUGAGGAACUUCUGCAAGAAAUUGCUAGGUUGAAGUCUAUCAUGCACGAGAAUGAGGAGUAUUCGCUACAGAGGACGUCAGCACCUGCCAGAGCGAUUUCGUAUGGGGUGCAGUCAAAAGAGAAGAACCCAUUGUCUGAAUACACUUACGUGAUGAUCAAGCGGGAACGGACGGUACGGUAUGGAUGUACGUCGUUCAGGACAAUAGCGAAACUCUCUGGUGGGAGUGUGGCCAAGUACUUGCGGGAAGUAGCUGGUAUACAUAAGAACGAGAGAGGUCGGAUCAAGGCUAGGACGGGUAACUCGAUGUUGUACGAACUACAGCGCAUUGAGCGUCCCUGGUCGCUAGGCAUGCUCAUCUCAGAGUUGCCCAAGUACUCUGAGUUGUGUGCGACGGUCGAACAUGCAUUCAAUUACAAAGGUUUUAGGCUCCACAAGAUAUUCUCGAAGGACAGGGUCAGACGUUAUCUUAACGAGUGUUUCAAGGUCAGAGAUGACCGGAUUAUAGAGCUUAUACCGCAUGCUAAGUUGAACUACUAUCCUAUAGGUAUCGUGUUGCAUCUAUACAUCACUUUAAUGGAAGACGCGCCGGCCAGCUUUAUCUCUUUUUUCCUAAUGUUGCUCGGGCAAACUACCGCCAAAAUAUACUACGUGGAAAGAGUCCAGUUCAUACUUUUGCACUACAUUUGGAAAGCGGGAAGAUUCCAAAACGGUGGAGAUAAUUCGCACUUGGCACCCCUCGUCGAACUAAUGGUUUCGUCAGCGUUGGAUAUUGGGCUACACGAUUGUGCGGGAGAACUCUUGCAAGACCGCAAAUUGCUGAAUUCCAUGUGGCUAUGGAUUUUAUUCUACGACAUCGUAGUCUCGUUCGAUAUGGGUAGGUCAGUUUUAGUCUCUGGUGAACUUUUCGACUCCGAAAAGUUGCUAAAUGAUCAAGAAUUUCAAGUGCCUGUAGACGGUGUGAACGAUGAAUUUGGACCCGCUUUCAUGUUGAGUUUACGGAAGUUCGUCUACUAUGGACGUAUCACGAUCAUUGGGUUAUACUCCAGGAACAAAAUCCCGGACUUGGAUCUCUACAUAAACCAUUUUGAAAAGUUAAUUGAUGAAAUAUGGCCAUCAAAAAGAGACUUCUUCGAAGACACUAACACGAUGUUGAAUCAUUUAUCAUUUGCGGGUUCAGUGAUAUGCUUGCCAGCAACCAACAUAGUGAGUACACUCAGAGCGCUAAAACGUCUUGUAUUUAAGGAUUACUCUACUGAAAACUAUAUGAUGAACGCAAAAAUGCUUUUGAUGUCCGUAGAUUUGAUUUACGGUUCCAUCAUCGAAUGUUAUCAUUCGGACUUGCAAGAGGCACCUGAAGAGCUCGCAUCCCCAUUAACAACGCCUUCUAACAUUCGGUGCGUAAUUGAAGUGAUAUCAUCUCAUUGGGUGAGAUCUAUUUUUCUUUGUUAUCAAUUCCUGUUCACUUUGGCGAUGAAUCUGAACAACUCUUCAGAUAUUGAAGGAGCUAGUAGUAGUAUUCAGGAUACUACAGUACUUGAGAAUUUGCUUAAUAAGUUCAAUAAAGCACAUCAGAUUUGCUUUGAUCAAUUGAGAUCAUCACCGGCACUGCUACCCCUACACCAAUAUCUUUCCAGUCGUCAUCCUUUCAUUCAUAUGUUGUUUUACGAAAGAACUGCCAGGAUGAUGUUGGGGAAACUUACAAAUUCUAAAGUGACAGAAGACCUUCAGACCGACAAUGAGGCCUCUAAUUCUAAAAAUGACUUCCAGGAAAACCCUGGUACGUUCGCACUUACGGAUGCAUACUUCCCACCCCUUGAUCAAACGGACAUUGAAAACAUUUUUAAUGAGAUGUUCCGAGAUUCAGGGAUUAGUGAGCAGGAUAUGGUAGAAAUAUCAUCUGCUAAUACCACUAACGCUAGUUGUAGUACUAAUAAUAAUUCUAGUAGUAAUACUAAUAAUGCGGAUUAG